AGCACUUGUAGCAACUUCUACAUAUUGCUGGAGCUGGAGAAGCUCUUUGGGUUCAAAAACGUGUUUCCGCCGCUUCGGAAUGGACCCAUGCAUGACAGGGAGUGAGACCGAUGAACUCAUUCAGAACCAGCUGGUGGGCUUUACCAGAAGACUAUAUUAUGGGAACUGCUUUUAUUAUGAUACUACGUUGCGGGUAGACAGACUGGAUUUUGACUUGAUUGGGAGUGACGACCGACAUCUCCCACUGCAAAUGUUCUUCUGGCAGGGACAUUACCAAGAUGAUACUUACAUCUCAGGCUGGUUCGCAGAUGUCUGGGACCGGGACACAGGCUUGCUCAUCUCACACGUUGGAUGGGCCCACAAGCCGCAAAUCUCAAAGGUAAAAGUGCUAACAAAAAACCUUCAACCUGGGGGGUACAAGCCCCAUAAUGAUGUCCCUACUGUGCUGAAGGAAACGUCGUUCCUAAAUGCACUUCACGUAUCGGAAGGAGGAGGAGGAGGAGGAGGAGGAGGAGGAGGAGAAGGGGGACAAGGAGGAGAAAGGGGAGAAGGUGGAGAAAGGAGAGAAGGACAAAGAGGAGGAGAAGCAGGAGAAGGACGUGGUACAGGUACUGAAACUUUCAUAGAGCACCGGGAGGCGCUAUUUGACAGUGAGCACUAUAUGUUCGCAUCUCGUACAAAACAGAGAAGAUCCACCCCUCYACACAGCGUGGACUGGGAAGUGAUGARAUCUCUACAGAAGCUUCACAAGUCUUCUGUUAGUCUUGUGUCGUACRAGUACGACAGCGAGUCCGAGAUUGAGCRCUUGAUUCCCGUUGCAGCUCGAUUGCGAGAACUGGUGCUGGGCGCGAUGCACAGAGGUUGCUUUGAUAAGAUGGUYGCCKAGUUGCGACUUCGCCCUUCAUAUCUGAGGGAUCCCGUCCAGACUGCCUGCGCCCAAUUCGCCCACAUCUUCAGGGGAUCGCAGUGGGAGAAACUACCUCAGCAGCUCGUGCUCCACAUCUUGCAGUUUUUGCCCCCACAACGGCRUGUCAUAUUUCGACCUCCCUCCAGCACCCAAGCAUCUCCUGAUGCUGCUGCACAAGCCGUUGGGUGGUUCCGCACGAUCACGAGGAGGAUCAUCACGAUCAYGAAGGUGAUCACGACCUUGAUCAUCACGACGUCGACCGCGACCACGAUCACGAAGAACGUGAUCAAGUGGAUGAUCGUCACGAACACGACCACAAUCACGAACGUGAUCACGGAAGACACGAUCACGAACGUGAUCUUGACGCUGAAGAAGAACAUCGUGACGAAGUAUCACGACGACGAUCAAGAUCACGAAUGUUAUCACGAUCUUGACGAAGAUCAUCACAACGACAAUCAAGAUCACGAAUGUGAUCACGACCUUGACGAAGAUCAUCACCACGACGAAGAGCAUAUGACGACGAAGUUCCAUCGGGCCGCGCUUGAGUUGAUUGUCGCGCGUGCUCGAUCACGACCCGGAUGCGCGCUGAUGACGUGGCGGGAAAAAUAGUGGGGGAGAGAGAAUGCUGAAACGCGAUCUCAACGCGUUCGUC